CCAGCGCCAGGAAGCGUCCGGAGCUGCCUGGGGCCAUGGACGGGGCCGCUAUGGACGGGGCUGCCAUGGAGGGACCGCUCUUCGUGCAGAGCCAGCGCUUCGGGGCCAAGAAGUGGAAAAAGACCUGGGCAGUCCUGUACCCCUCCAGCCCCAAUGGCGUGGCCCGCCUGGAGUUCUUUGAACACAAAGGGUCGGGCUCCGGAGGCGGGUGGGGAGGCUCCCGAAGACUGGACUGCCGGGUGAUUCGCUUGUCGGACUGUGUGAGCGUUGCCCCUGUGGCCUUGGACAGCCCCCCAGGGCCCGGCACAUCGGCCUUCCGACUGGACACUGCUCAGCGCUCCCACCUCCUGGCGGCCGAGGGCCCUGCCAGUGUGGCCUGGGUGCAGAUACUCUGCCAGACAGCCUUCCCGAAAGGCAGCUGGUCUCAGUCCCCAGGAGAAACCUCCUCUGGGCCCUCUACAAUGGAGAUGCAGGAGAACUCCCUGUACAGCCCCCAUGGGCAAGGUUGCGAGUUCUGGGUCACUAUACAGAAAACAGAGGCGUCUGAGCAUUGCAGAUUGCAGGGACAUUACGUGCUCAGGGUGGAGGCCAGUGGCCUGAGUCUCCUGAUGCUGGGGGGGCAGGGGCAGAAGAAGGACCCCCUGCUCUCCUGGCCCUACACUCUGCUCCGUCGCUAUGGCCGGGAUCGGGCCAUGUUCUCCUUCGAGGCCGGGCGGAGGUGCCCCUCGGGCCCUGGGACCUUCACUUUCCAGACCUCACAGGGCAACGACAUCUUCCAGGCUGUGGAGGCCGCUAUCCAAAGGCAAAAGGCUCAAGCUGGCCUUGCUGGGCCCGGGCCGGGCCAGGAUCAGCAGUGCGAGGCAGGGAUGGCAGGACCCGGAACGGUGCCCCCUGCACCCUACGGCCUCGAGGGUCCCCACGCUGCCGACGGCCCCGCCUUGUACUCGGAACCCUUGGAUGCCCUGCGGGCCCUGCCCAGCCCCUCCCCAGACCCCCUGUACUCAGAUCCUGUGGAUAGUUCGGGCCAGAGGACAGGACCUGGGGCUGCUGGAAGCUCCCCCCUCUACUGGGGCUUGUUUGACCAAGUGCACCAACAGCUCAAAGACACAAAGCUGGGAGGAGCCAAGAAGGAGCCCAUUUAUGACGAGCCUGAAGGCCAGAGUCCAGCAGCGCCCCCAGGCCUUUACGACAAGCCCCAGGAGCCCCGCGACGCCUGGUGCCAGCGAGCUCGGGCGCAGGAGGAGGGCUAUGAGCUUCCCUAUAACCCCGGCAUGGACGACUAUGCGGUCCCCCCGCUGAGGAACCUCAAGCCCAUCCCGCCCCCCAAACCCCAGCUGCUCCCCGCGCCUCACAGCCCCGGCAGCCCGGGACUCCCACUGUACAGUCGGGUCCUGAAGGGGGCUGCAGCCAAGGGCUGGGACCAGGGGCUGCCUGAGGGCGAAUCUCAAACUAGGACCGGCAUGAGAUCAGAAGGACCAAUGUGAAGACUUGGGUGGGGCUUGGAGGGCCUAAGCGGGUACUAAGCGGUCGUCUGGGUGAGCUGGGGAGGCGGGCGACCCCUCAGGAGAGAGGGGGGCUAGGCGGGAUCAGGGAAUCAAGGUCCAGACCUAGGAAAAGCCACAGUGGGCAGGAUUCCAGGACCAGACCUUGUGGCCAGAGACAGGCCUUGGGUCUGAGUGACGAGAGCUGCAAGGGCCGAGAGUCUGGAGAAGGAGCCCGAUGUUGGGGCCGAGCCCUGGCCAGGAUAGGAGCCUUUAGGGUCCCCUGCCGUGACUCCCAACUAGUUGUGGGACAUGUCGGGGUGGGGUGGUCUCCCGACCCUGAGCUGCUCACUGACACUCAAACUCAUUAAAGUCACUUGAGGCCAGAGCUCUGAAA